AUGGACUUCUCCGUCAAGGAUGGGAAGAGGUUGUGGUCGCUUGUUCGGAGGCAGGAGGCCCUGGCUGACAAGAAACGGAGGUGGUUGGAGUCGAUGAUUCACGCACCGGAUAGCUGCAGCAAGCGUCUCAAGCGACCCAAGUUCUUGGCGGAUGCGUACUUGGCUGAAUCAGAUAUAAGGAAUGAAGAAGUGUCUUGUGAAAAAGUGAAAGCUAGUGUUGCAAAAAGUUUUACUCUAAAGAGCGAUGGCUACAAACAUCACUUAGUUCAGGAUGGUCUCAGGCUUCUGAACUUACCAAGAGGUGAAGAUGGGUCACUGUGCCCAGAAAGUUUGAAUAUUAUGCAUAGGACAAUCAAUAAGUUAAGCAAUGAAGCACUUCAAUCAGUGGCUAGUAUCAUAAGCAACACAAAGUGUAGUUUCCUUAAGAGUAGACCGAUAUUAAGUCAAAUAGUAACAGACCAUCUUCCAUGUUACUUAGCCAAGUUGGAUAAUGAAGAUGAUGUCAUGUCUCAACUGUCCAAAGUUUUGAGAAAUCAUUGCAGCUACCAAUCUGAUUCAUUGAGCCUUGUCACACCUGUGUCGACACUACUUUUGUCAUCUAUGAACCAAGCUUUGGAUAGACUUGAUGGGAUUCCUGACCAAGCUCUUGUCGCAGUGAAUAGGAAACUCAUAGGAAAAACAUGUCUGCCAAAAUUCGGACAUGUUCCUCGGUCCUCCAGUAGAGGGCAUCUCAUUGAAAUGGUGAAGAAAAGAUGCAAAAUGACAAUAAAGCAGCUUGAUGAAGGUUACUUGCCUAAGAGACUAGCCAAGGCAAUGUCAGUAAUAAACCUAUACUGGAAGCAGAAGUCGAGAUCCAUGGGUAUUUCACAACUAGAGUUCUUUCCCUUUCCAAAAGAAACAGCAUCUUUGCAAAAUGAUGUCCUGAAUGCUCUUUGGUCGCUUCCAAACGUCAAGCAUGAUGACCUGAAAUUGCUGCAUCCCAUACUGGAUCCAGAUUCUAAGUUUCGAAAGAUGCAAUUUAGAGUAGCUUUGAGGAGGUACUUGAUGGAAUGCUUGUUUGAAUGUGACGAAGGUGAUUUGCCAGGUGAGGCCCUUCAAGCCAUAGCUUUUAUAAAUCGGGGUUCUGGGUGUAAAAGUGUUGACCUCAGUAAACAAGGGAAGUAUGCAGAAGUAGAUGCUGUUUUGGUUGUAAGCAGUCAACUGAGAGCUUUAGCAUAUGAUGAUGCAGAAGACUGCUCAGAUGAUGAUGGGUUGAUGAGCUUAGGGAAUGUCAACUGCGGUGAGGAUAAUGAUUUCAUAUUCCCUGAGACCAACUAUUUCAACUGCAACUCUGAGCAACAUAUGGAUGAGCCUUGUUCUUCAAAGGAUACACCAAAAGCUGCUGAUAUGGACAACUGUUGUUCUAGUGAAUCUAGAGGAGCUACACAUCAUGUUCCAGAAGCUGAACCUUCAGAUUCAAAAGUAGAGAAGGAUGUCAGGAAACCAUGUGAAAAGACCAAAAACUCCAGAGCCACUCAUUAUUACAAGGACGGCAUUGCCUUAGAGACGGCUGUUGAUACGGAUCAUUGGACGAGGUCAAUCCGCUCAAAGGAUCUCUCCAAGAUCUGUGACGGAACUUCAACAGCUGCCCACAUGAUCAUUGGACAAAUUUUGGAUAGAUGGUUGAUUUCAGAGGAUGGCGAACUGGAAGCACACAAAACAUCAUCUUGGAGGGGGCUUGGUUUAGAAAGUCCAGGAGGCACAAGAGAAUCCCUGAAUGUAGCUGAGAAAAACAUGAAGCGUGACAUUCUAGUUGACGCCAUGGAAUGCCUCUUGCCCAAUUUGACGAGAAGUUGCAUUGACAGAGUUAAGAGGCUAAUGAGCUAGCAGCACCGGACCACGAUCUGCAGGUGAACUAUAGGGACUUGAUGACUCGUUUGCGCACAUUCUAACCUGCUAGCCUGUAAUUAGUUGGUGUCCAAAUACAUUAUACAUGUCGCCUCGAGACAUUAUGACCA